AUGCCGCGUUUCAAUCGCGUUUUUGAAGAUUUGGGGAUCGAGUAUGAGGAUUAUGUCGUUCCUCCGGAGGUUCUGCUUGGCCUGGAGAAGAAGAAGGAUUCGUCCAAGGCCGUUGUUGCGGCGGAGGCUAAGAAGAGGAAGGGUGGUGGUGGUGUUAAGCAGCUUGCGAAGAAGCGCAAGGCGGAGGUUGUGUUGGAGACUCCUGUGGAGUCUUCCUCCGCCCGCUCUUCUGCUGCCGAGUCUAACUCGGUGGCUGCUGCUCCUGCGGAGGUUGCUCCUGCCGGUGGAGUUCCUGAAGUUGAAGCCUCCCGCGCGGUUUCUUCUGUACGCGCGCCUUUCGCGUCUCUUCUUGGGGAGGAGUCUUCAGACGCGGAGCCUCCUGAGGCGAGUCCUGCGCGGGAGGCGAAUCCUGCGGUGGCUGAGGGUUCUGCGCGGGAGGUAUCUGCUGGCGGAGGAUCUCCGCCAAAGGAUGUGCAGGAGUCGUCUAGUGAUGAAGCAGAGUCCGCCUCUGUUCGGAGGGUAAAGAUGGCGGAGGCUCCCCCGCGCCUGGCCGGAGAUGGUAUAAACUCGCUGUAUAUAGGUUUGGCCACUGCGGAGGAACUGGCUAAGGGUGCUAGCAUAGCACAGGAAGGUCUUGCGGUUCCUCCGCAUCGGGUUCCUGCGCCUUCUGCGCUGGCAAGUAGGCCUUCGCCUGCUGAUGUUCUUGGUCCCGGUGCUUCUGAUCCUUCGAUCUCAGGUUGGACUGAUGCCUUGCGCGAGGUUCAUUCCUUGGUCGGAGAUCGUUUUGGUCAGAAGCUCCGCGGCAUGGACUUUGACACGCUCCUUCGCAUUCAAUAUGAGCACCAUAGCCUUGGUCAUCACAUGGCUGCUGCCUUGGAGGAGCGGUGCUCCCGAGAGGUUAUUUGCCGUGAUGAAGCCAUUGGGGCUCUUAAGAAGGAAAAUGAAACUUUGGAGGCUGAGAAGGCUCGCCUGUCGGAGGAAGUUAAGGAGUUUUCUUCUGUCCGGCGGGAAAUUGAGUCCUUGAGAAAGGAAAGGGAUGAUUACAAGGCUGGGUCGGAGGUCUUGAAGAAGGAGAAAGAAGAUGCCGAAGCUUCGGCGGCUGUCCUCCGCACGAAUGUCACUGAGGCGGGGAGAGCUAGGGACUUGGCCCUACAGCGAGCCAAGAAGGCGGAGGACAUUGCUGACCGCCUUCGCAAGGAACUUGAUGCUGAGCGGACGUCUGCGGCUGAGCUGCAGACGCGCAUGCAGAAAGCGGAAGCGGAGGCUGCAGCUAUUGUUGGGCUCUAUGCCGACUCGCUGGCGCAGUUUGGGGGCAGCACCUCUGCUCCUCCGCCCAGCGGCGACGUUGGGGCUGGCCUAGCGUGGUUGAAGUCCCAUAUCCGCAUGCUACCUGACUUUGUCGGAGGAGCUGUUGAUUUUGGGGCUUUGGCUGCGGAGAUUGCGAAGAAGAAGGCUAAGGUUGAUAAGGCCGGUCCUUCGCGUCCACCAAGCGAGGCGCAUCCUCUGACGCAGGCUGAAGCGGAGGCUUGUGAUGCUGGUGCUAAAGCUCCGGAGGGAUCUGCUGCCAAGGUUCCAGAGCAGCCCGAGACUUCUGCUCCUCCUCCGCCUCAGCCGCCAUAUCCUAUCCUUCGCAUCUUUGGUGAGAAGGAUAGGGUACGAUGGGUGUCGGAGGUUCCCGAGGAUUUGGCUGAGCCUUUUCUCCAUGGUUAUCCGGAGGUUGUGAGAUCUGCUCCAGAGGAUGUUCUUCCUUCGAACUUUGUCGAAGGAAGCUACGUUACCCCUGUGACGUUCAAGCGUGGAGAUCUGUACGCGAGGGGUUACCUGAUUGAUUGGUGGCGCCAUAAGUAUCCUACGCGUAGUAUUGAUGACUUAGUUGAUUUUCUUGUUCGUGAUUACUGCGAUGAGCUUAGGCUUAUUCCAGAUUCAUAUGUAAAAAUUGUGCGAGGGUCUUAG